CUAAGAAAUCUUCAAAACAAACUUUUCGUAAAAGAAACUUCAUUGCAAGAGAUGAAGAGUCAGCUAGAAAGUUACAAAGAAAAUAACAUGCAACAGUCAUUCCAGAUAAAAUCCUUGAAAGAUGAUAUCACGAACCUAGAGGAACUUAUCUCUUCUCUAACCAGAAUUAAAUCUUUGAAAAGUACCAAUAUUCAGAGUCUUGAAAGAGGCAACUGGGAUCUAACUGAAAGAAUUAUAGAACUAGAAAACCGUCUAAGAGUACAUCUGGUUGAAAGAGAAAAGGCAGAGCGAAAAGCACAACUUUUGGAGAAAAAGUUAGCAGGUGCUAAUGGAUUCACUCCUUAUAUGAAUAUGAAAGGACAAGAAGAUACCUUGCAUAGUUACAUGAUAAGGGAUAAAGGUGAAGCUAUCCUGGCUAAGAACGUUGAGAGACAUAGCAUUUUUCACUCUGAAGGACCAAAUGAUGGGCAGAAAAUUUGGGAUAAAUAUCAACAAGAUUUGAUCCAUAAGGAAAAACAAAAAUAUGAGUCAGACAGACCUCCGUAUUCAUUUGGCUGGGAAACUAAAACUGCACAAUCCCACCAUCAGAAAUUCCUCGGUCAGUUGGCUACUCUUCUGAGCAAUAAUAGCGUUGUCCCCAUACCAGCCACGGAAGAAGCCGUGAAAGACAGGAUUCAGGAAAUAGGUGCAAAGGAGCAAUCUUGGAAGUCUAGAACUGAAGGCCUUCAGCAGGAGAGUCAGAGGGACUCUCAGACUAAGGGACUGGAGCGGCUGCAGCACCACCAGGAAGAAGCAGCUACUCAGGAAUUAUCCCAAACUGGAGAAAAGUGUAGGGAACAAAGACGACCCUUGAAAUAUCUGGAAGGAAAAAUUGCUAUCAAUGACUUUUUUCAAGGGAGAUUAACCUUGAACAGGACUAAAGAAAACUCCAGGACUAAGAAUUCCCAGACAGAAGAACACAACAAGAUGUUUAAACAGCUAGAGAAAGACAACAAGCAACAAACAUUAUUGAGAAUUAAGCAGAAUUUGCAGAUUGCUACAAAUCAGAGAUUAGAGGAGGAAAUUCAGAAACUUCAGAAACAGCUCAGUGAUUUGAAAUUGUCAAAUAAAAAUAUGAAAACCCAACUGACAAAAGUAAAUGUCCUUAAACGUGUCAACUUUCGAGAAACUAUAAUGAAGAUGUUGGGAUUUAACAUGAAAACAGCAGACAAGGAAAUUAUUACUCACCUAAGGCUUAUUAUCCAAGAUUAUGAAGCAUCUAACAAAUCGAAGGUUGCUUCUGACUGAGACUGGACAGGAUGAUGAAUAAAAAUGUUCUGCCUUCUCACUGCUGCCAAGAAGAACUCAGCAGAUAUGUACAUUUCCUCCAGAGUCUUGAGUCUGGCUACAUUAUGAAUAAAAUGCAUUGGAAAAUUUUAACUUGAAUCUGUUCUUUCCUUUGAUGUUUGGCGUUUAACUUUUCUUUGUCAUAAU